UUUUUUUGUGUGUCGUCUGCGGGAAUCGAGCCCAGGACGGGUAAAUGGCCAUAUCUAACUUAAGGCGUUUGAGGGUUGCAUCUAGUGAUGUUCCAAAGCUCUCCUCAAGGCCCUCUUUGAUUGCAUCGCUUCGGUCCUCCAGAACGGGGUAUAGCUACCUGUGGGUUCUGGACAUUUCCUUUUUGGGGAUGAAGGCUUACAGCAGCAGCAGCAACGGGCACUACAGGAAGGCUUACGACGGCAGCAGUAGCAACGGGCAGCAGCACAAGAAGGCCUACGGCGGCAGCAGCAACGGGCAGCACAAUGCGUUCACAAAGGAAGAGCCGAAGGUGGUGGACAUUUUUGCAAUCGAGGACGCUGCCGAACACAUGCGAGCAAGGUACGAGAUCAUAGGAACUCAUCGUCCUGGUGAGAAGGAGGGAUUACUCGUCGACCAAUGCAGAAGAUGUAAGCAGAGAGGCCAUUGGGAAAGACACUGCAAGGGGCCUGGAGUGGAUCCUUUUGCUCACGAACAGAAGAGAUGCUACCUCUGCCUAGCGAAGGGACACGACACGUAUCAGUGUUCAAGAGAUCCCCUGAGAAAUGAGGACUGGGCAGAGAGGACUUACACUGGACCAAUGAAGAGAUAUUGUCUUCAGGUGAGUUAUAUCGUUCAGGUAGCAGACUUCCCGCAAUACCAUCCUCGUUUCUGCGUCCAACGGAUUGAAUACGAAAACCUCAAAUGGAUCUGCAAAAAACAUCCAGACUUGGGAAUCAUGGUUGUGCCUGAGCCACCCCGUCCUCUUGCGGCCCUUAUCUGGGAAUAUUUUCAGCGACUGGAUGAAGUUUUAUACGAGGCAGAGCUAGGCUUCGAGUUAUACAGAUCCAUUGAAGAAAUGCCUCCAGGGUAUGACCGGUAUGCAGCUGCAGAAGAAGCAUAUAUUGAAGAAUUGAAAAAUGAAGAGAAGCAUUGAAAGGUGAUGUGUCUUCUCAUCUAUAAUACUUAUUCUAUUACUUUAUUAAAAC